AUGGAUUCUGGCUUCGCUCCGCCCCCAGACACCUACCGACGCGUCGACUGCAUCUUUCACAAUAAAUUAGGGCAAAGUCAGCAUACAUGGUAUGCGAGGGCGGGUGACAACUGGGCAUGCAAUCACAUGCUAUCAUCGUCGACUGGAAGAGCCGAACGCAAGCCUAUUUAUUAUGAAAAAUUGGUACUGAAUGAUGGGACACCCGAAAAAUGGAAGGACAGCUGA